UUAACUGAAUUUAAGUUUAAAAUAUCUUUGAUAUCUUUAGAUACAGUCAGUAAAUAAUGUGAGUUUGUGUCAUAAAGUGAAAAUCAAAGUGAAAGUGUUGUGAAUGUCAGGAUGCUUAAGUAUUUGUCUUUGAGGCAGGGAGGGAAUAUUUUUUUAAUAUAUUUUUUAAUUAAAAAAAAAAAGUUUUUCCAAGGUCUUGGCAUUCAGGAUUUGGGUUCAGAUAGAUCAAAUGGAACUGAGAGGAACAGGAUGAAACAAGAGAAUAAAAACGAAUACCUAAUUUGCCAAUAUAAAAUCAAAAUGGUCCCACACAGCAGAAACCCAUCCAUCGGCUCCACAGAGGGACUGUGACGUGGAGAAACGACGAAGUUAAAAUGAAACCUGCGCGGCUCCACAGCGCCACCGCUGCUGCUGCGGUUCAACCCGGAACUGCAGCUCCAGUCUGUUCAAACUGCGAGGCUCUUCUGCUGCUCAUCGACCGCGUCUGCUGCCUCCAACCGGCUCUGAUCCGGGUCAGAACCGAGUCCGACCCGUCGAUAACGUCUCUUCCUCCCUCCAGGCUGCAGCUGCAUCAAACUGCAUCGACAUUUUGGCUGUUUGGACUGAAAAAAGUUGAAUUUCCAUCCUCGUCUCUGACAGAAUCCGUGUCUUUUCUCUGCGCUGCUGCUUCUCCCUGCAUCGGAUCUUCACGCCACAUCACCGGAGAACAUCCAGAGAAGCCGGAUCCACAGAGACCCGGUUAGAAAGAGGUUUUAGUGGCUGCUGUUGGAAUGCAGUGAUGGCAGAACAUCUGUCCCAGAGCGAGCUGGAUUAUCCCUUCAAACUUCUGGAGUAUUUCAACGGCUUCAGGGUGUCAAAGGUGAUAUUUUCCGCCUGUGAACUGGGGGUGUUCGACCUCCUGCUGAGGUCCCAGGAGCCCCUCAGUGCCCAGCAUGUGGCCCAGGAGCUGAAGACCAGCGUGGACGGGAUGGAGAGGCUGCUGGACGCCCUGGUGGGCAUCGAGAUCCUGGAGGUGGAGAAGACAGCCGGGACAGCGGUUUACAGCAGCUCAGACGUGGCCAAUCUGUACCUGGCCAGAGGCAGCGUGAAGUCUCUCCACGACAUGAUCGUCUACCAAUCACAGACCAUCUACCCGCUGUGGAACAACCUGGUGGACGCCGUCAGGGAGGGAAAGAACCAGAACGAGAAGACGUUCGGCCUUCCGUCAGAGGAGGUUUUUCAGGCUAUUUACAGAUCUGAGGAGGAGAUGCUGAAAUUUAUGGGUCUCAUGAACUCCUCCUGGGUUCUGGACGGACACGACAUCGUGACGGCGUUCAACCUCUCCUGCUUUCAGAACAUCAUCGAUCUGGGAGGGUGCACCGGUGCUUUGGCCCGUGAGAUGGCGAAGGCGUAUCCCUCAUCGUCGGUCACAGUUUUUGAUUUACCACAAGUCGUAGAAACAGCUCAGAAACAUUUCUCUCAGGAGAACGACAAUGUUUUAUUUCAAACCGGAGAUUUCUUCAGCGGUGAACUUCCUGCUGCUGAUUUGUACGUUCUGGCCAGAAUCAUUCACGACUGGCCCGAGGAGAAAUGUGUGACGCUGCUGAAGAAGAUCUACGACGCCUGUAGACCCGGCGGCGGCGUCCUGCUGGUCGAGGCGAUGCUAUUCGAGAACAGACGAGGACCCGUCAUGGCUCAGAUCUUCUCCCUCAACAUGCUGGUUCAGACUGAAGGUCGCGAGCGUCCGCCCUCCGAGUACACGAACAUGUUGAAGAAGACCGGCUUCCAGAACGUUCAGGUGUGUCGCACCGGGAAGUCUUACGAUGCCAUCCUGGCCGUCAGAUGAGCUGCAGGAGAAACUCUCAGACAGCUGGACUGAAACAGGAGAUUUCAAGGCCUUGAGAAGGUUUGGAGAUGGACAGAAGCACAGAUGGAGUGUUUUCAGACACGUGUUUGAAGCUCAGAAAUACAAUCGUUCUACUGGAUAAUAUUUUUGUCAGUAUUUGCCUUUAAUCUAAUAUUAGUAAAACAUUUCUGCACUACAAGCAGGUCAAAAUACAAGAAUUAAUACAGAUUAAAGAAAAAAUUCUGCACUUUAUACAUUCUUGUCUAGAGUUAAAUGAAAACCGAUCCCACUGAUCCCAUGUCAAAGUAGCCAGUUAGCCUAGCUUAGCCUAGCUUAGCAUAAAGCUAAUUCCAUCUCAAAUCAUCAGAACUCUUAGAAUGAUUUCAAUUAUGUCAACUAUCUCUGAUUUUAUAGCAUAAAAAUGUGGAUAUUUGUCAAGACUGAAAUGAAAAGACUGUUACCAUUCUAGUUUGUUAGCGUAGCUUAGCAUGAGGCGACUCUAUCUGAAAUCAUCAAAAGUUGUAGAAAAAAAUUCUGCUUGACCAUCUCUGAUUUUCCUGAAACUUCUAUAGCAUAAAAUCUGGAUAUUUGUGUGCACUUUUCCCAUUUUGUCAACAUUGAACUACAAUGACUAAUAUGCUAAUUAUCAUUAGCCUAGCUUAGCAUAAGGCGAAUUCCAUCUCAACUGAUCGAAAUUUUUAAAAAAAAUCUUCUUGACCAUCUUUGAGUUCUGAAACUUCUAUAGCAGAAAAUGUGGGUAUUUAUGAAGGUAUUUGUAAAAUUUUAACUUGAUGUAUCAAGUGUUUUCCAUGAUACUUUUUAAUUUUUUUAUAAAUGACAGAUUUUUUAAAGAUUUUUUGCCAAUAUUUGCCUCUAAUCUAAUAUUUUUGACACAUUUCUCCAUCUCUGUAAAGAAUCAGGUCAAUAUAUAAGAAUUAAUACAGAUUAUAGAAGAAAUUCUGCAUUUUGACAUAUGCACUUUUCCCCCAUCCCUGUUAAUAUGCUAAUUAUGGUUAGCCUAGCUUAGCAUUAGGGCCAUUCCGUCUCAAAUCAUCAGAUUUUUAGAAAUAUUUCUGCUCGACUGUCUCUGACUGAUCUGAAACUUAUAUAGCAUGAAAUCUGGAUAUUUAUAAAGUUAUUUGUGAAAUUUUGCAUUGAUUUAUCAAAUACUUUCUGAGAUAAUGUAUUUUGAAAUGGCCCACCAACCCAUAUUCAGGGUUAAUUUUUCUCACAUUGAAAUAUGAGACUGUCUAAGAUCUUCUGUAUUUAUAAUCAUGGACGGUUAUUUGAGGUUUUUACUUGUCAGAUGUCCACCUGCUUUUGAAAAAUCAUCGUAAAAACCAACAAUGCACAGCUAAAGUUAUGCAAAAAGCAAGAAAUGUAAACCUAAACGAACCACUACACAUAGUUUUUAUUGUGCUAAGGGAUAUACGAUGCAGUUUGUUCUUACUCUAAAGUGUAAAUCUUUCUCAGCUUUAGCAAAAAGUCAGUUUUCCAUCUCAUGUAUCUUCAGUAUCUGCUGUUUGUGGACAUUCCUGAUCUUUGUUUCUGAGGAUUCAAACACAGAAUCCAGACGGAGCGUUACUGGAGCGUUGCUUCUUUAUUAUUCUGUCGUUUUGCUGCCAGCAGCAGGAAUCCAACUAAAACCUGGAAGUGCAGCUAAAUUUAGAGAAAAACAAACCCUUUAAGCUUGAAGAAAACCUGAGUGUUGUGUUGUGUGUAGAUGUGUGUUUCACUGUGAUGCGUUCAGGUUCCCUCAGACUCCACUGGAAUCUUCAUUAUAACUUCAUUUUACCUCCAUCAUUCCUCUGCUGGUAUUAAAAUGUUCUCAUUUUUUGGAUGUUUUACACUCUCAGUGACACUGUGAAUGAAAGGCUGAAGGAAAAUCACUGUGUUUUAAGAAUAUCUGGUGAUGUUUGAUGCAUUUCCGGCUCUUUUGUGUGUUUUCUUUUUACUCAUGAUGUUACUGGACUUUCUGUUUACACCUGAAAUCAUUGAUUCAACAGUAUUGUUAAUGUUGUUUUACUUUGCAUGUGUGUCAUUGAUGAGAUGUGAAUGCAAAAUAUCGAUCUGAGCAACAGAAACUUCCCUUUUUCAAUGCUGUCCUGUAACUCCACUAAACACGUCAACAGCAUGAAUCCCUCACAUGAAAUCCCAAACAUAUCUUGUUUGUUCUGUUAAAAAGUCUUUUUUUAAUAUUUACAUGCAUUUGUUCAGACACACGUUCCUUUGUUAUAUCACAACGAACUGAAGAAGUCAACACUUUUUUACCCCUUGACGUUUUACGUGCCGAUCUUUUUACCUUUUAGUAAAGUUUAUCGUACAGAUUAGUUUCUUGUUUUGUAUAUUCUGAGUAUGUUUUCUUAUUGAAACUGAAGUUCUAAGAAUUAAAAAAUGUCAAAACUAAACAAAAUGUACAAUUUUGUCUUUUUUUGUGUUAA